AUGGCGGCGUCCGUGUUGAAGGUUGCAUGUAAGUAUAGAUAUCUAGUAACUAGCUGUUGUUGUUAGCCAGCUUGCUAACGUCAGGUUAUAAAUAGUGUUUCACAUGUCAGAAACAGUCUCUUUAGACGUUUUUAUCUCGGGCUACACAACAAAAGAAGCUAGAUCCACCGUUGUUAGUGCAGAAUUACUUUUAGCAAGUGUUCCCUGUUGCUAGCUACUUGACUUAUCCAGGUAGCAUAUUCAAUCAAAUAUGAUCCGUACUCCGGAGGAGAAAAAAAAACGGUUUGGCAGUAUGGCAGAACUAAACACUCUGUUUCUUUAGUUACAGGUCUCUCAAAGUGUGUUCGUCACACUUGUUCUCCAAUGCUGAGGACACUUUCAACCUCAACACCACUCUGCCAAGGUAUUCCAGGAUCUGUCUGGAAACUGGGAAGGCUGAAUCACAUUGCUAUAGCUGUACCAGACAUGGAGAAAGCCACUGCUCUUUACAGAGAUGUGCUGGGGGCUCAGGUCAGCGAUAAAGUUCCCCUUCCUGAGCAUGGAGUCUACACUGUCUUUGUGGAGCUGGGUAACACCAAGCUGGAACUGCUGCACCCACUCGGGGAGAAGAGCCCCAUUGCAGGCUUCCUACAGAAGAACAAAUCUGGUGGGAUGCACCAUAUCUGCAUUGAGGUGAGUCAGUCUUAGCAAUGCUGCAUGUGCUGUUCAGCCCACAUGAAUGGGCUGUAUUCACUCACUCUAUCCUUAUCUCCUUGUCGGUUCUCUAAUGUAAUCAUAUUGUAUGUUAUUUUUGUGAUUUCAGGUUGAUGAUAUCAAUGCGGCGAUAGUGGAUCUGAAGGCUAGGAACAUAAGAACCCUGUCAGCUGAACCACGGAUAGGUGCUCAUGGGAAACCUGUCAUGUUCCUCCACCCAAAAGACUGUGAUGGAGUACUCGUGGAACUGGAGCAAGCCUGA